GCCAUGAGGGCCGGCUCGUGGGUGCUGCUGGCGCUGCUCGCGCUGCUCCUUCCCGUCCGGGGCUCGGUGGCAGCGGCACACAAUGGGGAUCUUACAGUUAGACCCACAUGCAAGCCUGGCUUUUCAGAAGAAGACUACACAGCAUUCGUCUCCCAAAGCAUCAUGGAAGGGCAGAAGUUACUCAAAGUAAAAUUUAAUAACUGUGCCGGUAACAAGGGAGUUCAGUAUGAAACCAACAGCCUGGACUUCAAGGUGAGGGCGGAUGGGACCAUGUAUGCUGCCCACCAGGUGCAAAUGCUCUUGAAGCAGCGGAUCCUGAUGGUGACCGCAUGGGAUCCACAGACCCUGGGCAGAUGGGAUGCGAUUGUCAGGCUUCUGGUGGCAGAGAAGUCACAGCACAAUGGACACAAGCCAAAAGGAAGGAAGACCGUGCCUGGAGAACCAGCGCAGCAGCAAAGCGACACUCUGCUCCCCUGGCGCCAGCAUCAGAGCUCGAAUGGCCUGCGGCGGCAGAAGCGAGACUGGGUCAUCCCACCCAUCAAUGUGCCGGAGAACUCCAGGGGACCCUUCCCGCAGCAGCUGGUUCGGAUUCGUUCCGAUAAGGACAAAGAGAUCCAUAUCAGAUACAGCAUCACUGGAGUGGGAGCCGACCAGCCACCAAUGGAAGUCUUCAGCAUUGACCCUGUGUCUGGCAGGAUGUAUGUGACUCGCCCGAUGGACAGAGAAGAAAGAGCUUCCUACCAUCUCCGGGCUCAUGCGGUGGAUAUGAAUGGAAACAAGGUGGAGAAUCCUAUUGACCUGUACAUCUAUGUGAUUGAUAUGAAUGACAACAGACCAGAGUUUAUAAACCAAGUCUAUAAUGGAUCUGUUGAUGAAGGCUCUAAACCAGGUACCUACGUGAUGACGGUGACAGCAAAUGAUGCAGAUGACAGUACUACAGCAAACGGGAUGGUAAGAUACCGCAUUGUGACGCAGACCCCACAGAGCCCAUCGCAAAAUAUGUUUACAAUUAACAGCGAGACGGGCGACAUUGUCACUGUGGCUGCUGGGCUUGACAGAGAGAAAGUUCAGCAGUAUAUAGUCAUUGUUCAAGCCACAGAUAUGGAAGGAAAUCUUAACUACGGUCUCUCAAACACAGCAACAGCAAUCAUUACAGUGACAGAUGUGAAUGACAACCCACCCGAAUUCACUACAAGCACUUAUUCAGGAGAAGUUCCUGAGAACAGAGUGGAGGUGGUGGUGGCAAAUCUGACAGUGAUGGACCGGGACCAGCCUCACUCCCCCAACUGGAAUGCCAUCUACCGCAUCAUCAGCGGAGACCCCUCGGGCCAUUUCACUAUCCGGACAGACCCAGUCACCAACGAAGGCAUGGUAACCGUUGUGAAGGCAGUCGAUUACGAGAUGAACAGAGCUUUCAUGCUGACAGUGAUGGUAUCAAACCAAGCUCCCCUGGCCAGUGGCAUCCAGAUGUCCUUCCAGUCGACCGCAGGAGUCACCAUUUCAGUCACAGAUGUCAACGAAGCACCGUAUUUCCCAACGAACCACAAGCUGAUCAGGCUGGAGGAGGGGGUGCCUACGGGGACGGUCCUGACAACGUUUUCAGCAGUGGAUCCUGAUCGCUUCAUGCAGCAGGCAGUAAGAUACUCUAAGCUGUCAGAUCCUGCAAACUGGCUGAACAUUAAUGCCACAAAUGGUCAGAUCACUACUGCUGCUGUCCUUGAUCGAGAGUCAGACUACAUUAAGAAUAAUGUCUACGAGGCCACAUUCUUGGCGGCUGACAACGGUAUACCCCCCGCAAGCGGCACUGGCACUCUGCAGAUCUACCUAAUCGACAUCAACGAUAAUGCUCCUGAGCUCCUGCCAAAAGAGGCACAGAUCUGUGAAAAGCCAAACCUGAAUGUCAUCAACAUAACAGCCGCGGAUGCUGACAUCGAUCCAAACGUCGGGCCCUUUGUCUUCGAGCUGCCAAGUGUGCCAUCUGCGGUGAGGAAGAACUGGACCAUAACACGGCUGAAUGGCGAUUAUGCCCAGCUCAGUUUACGAAUCACAUACCUGGAAGCAGGUGUGUAUGACGUGCCAAUCAUUGUGACGGACUCGGGAAACCCCCCCUUGUACAACACGUCCAUCAUCAAAGUGAAGGUGUGCCCGUGCGACGAGAACGGUGACUGCACCACCAUUGGGGCAGUGGCUGCAGCAGGGCUGGGCACAGGUGCCAUCAUUGCCAUCUUGAUCUGCAUCAUUAUUUUACUCACCAUGGUUCUGCUGUUCGUGGUGUGGAUGAAGCGCCGGGAGAAGGAGCGCCACACCAAGCAGCUCCUGAUUGACCCCGAGGACGAUGUCAGGGACAAUAUCCUGAAGUACGAUGAAGAAGGAGGUGGAGAAGAAGACCAGGAUUAUGAUUUAAGCCAGCUCCAGCAGCCAGAGACCAUGGAUCAUGUUCUGAACAAGACACCUGGAGUCAGAAGGGUGGAUGAAAGACCUAUUGGUGCUGAACCGCAGUAUCCUAUAAGACCAGUAAUCCCACAUCCAGGGGAUAUUGGUGACUUUAUUAAUGAGGGUCUGCGGGCGGCUGACAAUGACCCCACAGCACCUCCUUAUGAUUCCCUGCUGGUGUUUGACUACGAGGGCAGUGGCUCCACUGCCGGCUCCGUCAGCUCCCUGAACUCCUCUAGCUCCGGGGACCAGGACUACGACUACCUUAACGACUGGGGGCCCAGGUUCAAGAAACUGGCAGACAUGUACGGGGGAGGCGAGGAAGAUUAAACUGACCUCACGUUAUUUAAAAACAAAUAUAAGAAGAAGACAGAAAAGAAUAUUAAGAAAAAAAAAAGAAAAAAACAUAGAAAAAACAAACCCACAGACGACAACAUUAACAAAAAGAGCCGAUGCAGAAGCAAGAACUGUACAGAUGUGGCAGCUUUUUUAAUUAAUAUCCCCUGCUGACUGUGUUGUUAUUUUUAGUGGUGACAUAGGAGGUUUCUUUUCUUUUUUUCCCCUUUUUUUUUUUUCCUUUCCAAUGUUAUUUUUUAGAAUAUUGAGCUGUCUCGCAUGAACACUUGUCUCUGCUGCAGGUUUUUUUUGUUCUUUUGGUUUGGUUUUUUAAUGUCAGCUGGGAUAUUGCUCGUUUACCUGCUUUAUGACUAAAGAGAGUGAAAGGCACUCUGUCUUAACUUGAAUUUCUUAGAACAGAAGCACUGUUUUUAAAAUAUAUAUAUAUAUAUAUAUUUGAAAGUGCCUUUUGGUGCAUGUAUCAGAUUCCCUUCAAUCUCAGGAGUGAUGAAAACAAACAUACAACCAUCCUGGGCAGCACUCCCUGUGACCUUAAGCCAGUUCUAGCUGGGAAGGAUUUAACAGAAAGGAACUCUGGAGAUUGGUUUUUGUUUUUGUUUUUGUUCCUUUUUUUUUCCUCUUUUUUUUCUUUUUUUGCCUCUUUUUUGGAGGGGGUGACUCGUUCUGGGUGGAAACGGAUGGGGGGUUCGGGGAGGGGGAAGAUGUUUUGAGUCAAAACCUGAACAGCCAUCUUUAAGCCUCAGCAGGUGGUGAACUAGUCAUCAUGUUGUAUAUAAUUCAGUGUUAUCAGAUGCAAAAUACCGACUGGGGGCUCUGUCGUCACCUGGUCACACUCAAUGUAGCUGCAUAGAACUAUAGCGUUGAUAAAGCCUUUGGUUAUUGCAACAGAAAUUUCCGACAGCCCUUGCCUAAACCCUACAAAGUAAAUCGUGACAUGACCAAAGGCCCAGUUGUUUGUUUUUAUGCUAUCGGUGUGUGUUGGCUCCCAUGACCUCUGGAGUGAUGUAAAUACCAGCUGGGUUAGGUGGUGGUGUCCUGCAACCCCAGGGAUUCCUGCUAGCAGGAAAGCCAAUGCUGUUUUCCUGGUGGAAGCAGGGGUUUGUGCAGUGGCUCUGCUCGAGGCUGAGGCAGCGCAAAGGGCAGGAGCAGUUUAUCAGCACUUUUGCCAUCCGUAAGUAUGAAGUUAGUCUAGUAUAAUAUUAAUGCCUUGGAGCAUUAGUAGCCAAAGCUCAAGAAUAUCGUGUAACUCAGCUAAUGUGUGUCCUUUCUAUUCAAUGGGUAGGUGCUGCUAUCUGUAGUAAAUGUGUUUUUUUGGAGGAGAAGUGCAACGAGGGCCUAUUAAGUACCUUGUGGUUAAUAUGCUCAAGCAUUGCCAAGUAAGCAAGAGGUUUUGCAGCAUCCAGGCAUAAUUCAACAUCAGUAUUAUAAAUGGUAGCAUACUACCUAGUUUAUAUGUAGGGUCAGUUUAACCAAUAACGAAUAGUUAUUAGCUUUUUUAUUACAUUUUUCCUUUACUGAUUUGGACUAGUGGGUUUAUGUCUAAUGUUUGUAAAAUGAUUUAGACUGCAUGGAUGUGUAAUAUAAACCACAUUUAAUGGAUUAUGAGCCACUUAAUUAAUGUGCUAUGAAAUCUUGGAUUACCUGUGUUUUAUAUUCUGCAGACGAUUUUGCAGUGGGUUCGCUAAAACUUGUAAAAGUGCUUAGAUAUAUUUUCAUUUAAAUCCAAGAAUGUGCACAAUAUUGGAAGGUGAUUAUCCAGGGGAUAAUCAUGCUUUUUUUUGAUAUCUCUAUUAAUUCUCAAGUUGAAUGCUAAGAGUUUAAAGGGGGGUGGGAGGGAAGUGAGAAUGAGAGGACGAGAGCUUGCGGUGAUGAGUGGACGUCGUUUCAGAGGGUAUACUAGGCUGCAAGAUCGUCUCUAUAGAUUUUUGAAAUGCUCCUGGUGCAUUUUAUAUUUCAUUGUAUCAUAUUUUCUAUAAAAUGCAAUUUCUGUAAAUUAAUGAGCAUUUGAAAUGUGUCUUGUAUGAAGUGGAAUGUGGUAAAAGUCUGCCCGAGGGGACUCCAACAUUACCGGUAUGUAAAUAACUACCAAGGAUGCGAUCCUUCUUUUUGUCCUGGUCGGUCAGUCAAUGGGACAGUUUGUCCUUUCAGAACUCUCUCAUCCAAGUUCUUGAGGAAGCAGGAGGUGAUGGCUUGGGCCUCAGGAGAGGGAUGGCGCUGAUGGCAGCAGCAAGGCAAGGAUAUUGUGCCACACAGCACGUGCCUCAGCCAGGAUGAAGUGCAGUGCCUGGUAAACUGCCGGCACCUGAUGCCUUCCCAAAUUCCUGUUCCAUAGUUGAGAACUCAGUUGCUUGUGUGACCAUUAUGAAAGUCUUAGUUUGCUUCUGCCACGUUCUGUCCACCUCCUCCUGGCCACCCUCAGCAAACUUCACAGCCCUUGUCCUCAGCCGGCUGGCGUGGGUGGGCUGCAUUGCCUUGAGCCACUGCUGUCUACCUACGGGCAGGCUUGAUUCUUCCCCUUUCUUUCCGAAAAGCCACAGGCUGGAGUAUUUCACCAUCUGGGCUUUGCACCCCCACAGAAGCUGCCCGGUCACAGCAGACGUAGUGAAUAAUAAAAACGCACUUAGUGUUUCUUGCUGAUGACUACC